CAGCUGCGUGGCCGGGGCAGGCAGGUACCGCGUCCCGCCUCCCGGGGCGGUGCCAGGGGCGGCCUCGCGGGCGGCGGGUCAGUCUCCGCCGGAGAUUUCCGCUCGGCUGCCGGCCCGCGCUCUGCAGCAGGACUGAGAACUGGAUACCUGGUUUCUGGUUAUUCCUUAAGGUGGCAGUAUGUAUCCUGGAGUCCUGUUUGGAAGGAUUCCGAAGUCAAAAGCUUUUCAGACUCUCAGACUUAAUAUGAUGCUCGAUUCCAGGGUCACACGGUUUUGAAGAAACAAGCUUAUAGGCCUGCGCGAUGGCCGACGUGUUCGUGUACGGGACCCUGAAGCGAGGCCAGCCCAACCACAAGGUCCUGCUGGACGCCACCAACGGCUGCGCCACCUUCCGGGGCCGGGGCCGGGGCCGCAUGGUGGAGCCGUACCCCUUGGUGAUCGCCGGGGAGCCUAACAUUCCGCGGCUGCUGAACCUGCCGGGGCGCGGCUACCGCGUGUUCGGGGAGAUCUACGCUGUGGACGAGCAGAUGCUGCGCGUCCUCGAUGAGUUCGAGGCUCCCCUACCAUCCACGGGAAAACAGAUAAAAGCCCAAGGAAGGCUCCCUAGCCAGGGGACACACAGAGCCCUGCGGAUAAGAUCCCCUCGGCGUGAUCUGCAUGCACUGAAUGCAGAAGCCUAAUGAUGUCCUUGGAAACAAAUAUUUGUAAAACUCCAUCUGUGGGAAAAGAAAGACUCUCUUUCUUUUACUGUCAGCCAAUUUCCUAGAUAAUGUUGACAUACCAAUAACAAGAUUGUGCCCUUAAAUCUACCCAUCUCAUACGGCUUUAUUGCUUGCUGCUUAAAGAGCAUCAGGUUUUUGAAUGUCCUGGGUAAGACAAAUUUAGGAUUUUAAUUCCCCUAAAUGGCAUUUCAGGAACUCAUAUGUUAUCAUACUUUCCUUGCUUCUCUGUCUGCUUUGCUUUAAUCUGAAGAUGACAUUUAAAAUGAAUGUGAAGACUUUGUGUUGCAGCUAGAUUUUAGCAGCCCUACUCUAUUGAUUCUGACCUGUAUAGCACCAAGAAAAAAAAAAUGCUAAGCUGAUCUUGGAUGUCUCAGUGUAAUAAAUAAUAAAAGAAACUCAAGAAAAGCAUGCUGCAUUUUAGAGUAGUUUUGGAGGACAUACAACAUUUUUCUUCACAAUUUUCAGAUCAAGCUUAUUAAAGAGACUAUUAAAGAUCAUUUAAAAUUAAAUGUUUUAGAAAAUCAAAUACAAAAGUAUUGGUGUCAUUUUGGCCCUUUUCUUGGCCCUUAUUUGGUAGAAGAUUCUUUUUAUUCUAAUCUAGCAAAAUAAUGAGCACCCACUUGCUGGCAGACACAGCUGAACACCCUGAUUUCAGAUGGAAGCUCCCCCAAGCCCAGUGCCCAGCAGUGAGCACUGUCCCUGCUUCUGAGGGAGCGCAUUUGGGGGUGGGCCUUUGGAGAAGAACCAACACAUUAGCAAUUUGUUCUUCAGGCCUGACAGAAAGCUUAGCUUCCAAAUACAAACAGCACUUAAAAUAAUUUUAGUGAGGCACGAAGUAGCAAUUACUACCCACCUCCACCUCGUGAUCUGUCAGCGUAGAUUCAGAUCAGUGCGCGACUGCCUCUGCUUGCUUACCAGCAAAGUGUGAAAUGUAUUCCAAGAACUUCAGAACCGAAUGAAAAUGCAGCUGCUGAUCUCAGAAACCUCGUCUCCUCUGGGAGAGCUCGCUUACUCUUCAACUUAAUGGUAGACUGUGAUCGCUAACUGCAUCUGGCACACAAACAUGAUCAUUAUUUUUAGCCCCUUUUUCCUAAUUGGAAACUUGCUUCACAAAGACACAAAAAGGCAAGGACGGGUAUCAGCCCCACCCACUGCAGUUGGGGUGAGGGGGACCUGGGGGAAGAGGGGCCCUGUGAGUCAUCUCUCCUUAAGGGGACGUCCAGGGAUCCAACAGAUCCAGUACUUACCCAUUAGAGCCCCGCAGGGGGAUGUCCAUGAUCGUCAUCUGUGCUGUAUGGGCUGAGGGAGUUACGAAUAACCACAAACAGGAGUCCUCAACCAGGAUGAGCAGGCAUUCUGACUAUAGGGUGGCAAAUGCUAAUUUACGAAAAC